AUGGUUGUAGUUGGAUUGCUUAGGUCCAAUGUCACAUUUUUGAUGCAACCUGUACCAAAAUUGGAAAGCUUCAAGAAGGUUAGAGAAUCACAGUUUCUUUAUAAAGCUCGAUGUUUUAGAGAAAACCAGCAUGUAUUGAUACGAGAAGAUUUUAAAUCAAUGAGGGAUUACCUUGUUGAAACGUUGAAUUCCGACAAAUUUCUUGCCGAUCCGGAUAAAAAGGAUGAACAAAUAAACCCUUUGGAUCCAUCUCAAAAUGAUGCCCUCAUGCAAAUGGCAAAGGGCAAUUUACUUAAUUACAUUCCGCAAACCUUGAUCAUGGGAUGGGUGAACUAUUUUUUUGCUGGAUUUGUCAUUAUGAAAUUGCCAUUCCCACUUCCUGAUGGGUUUAAAAGCAUGCUACAAAGCGGAGUCAGAACUCCGAAUUUGAAUGUCAGGUACGUGUCGUCGAUUUCCUGGUAUUUCGUUAAUCUUUUUGGUUUAAGACCCGUAUACUCAUUGAUCAUGGGUAAGAAAGAGGCAGAGGAAUUAAUUGCUCAACAAUCACAACAGCAAAUGCAGAUGCCAAGUUUGGGUGGUCCAGGUGGCCCAAAAGCAGAAAAAAUGUUUAGAGCAGAGGCCGAAAAUAUUCAAAUCUUGACUCACGAGUCAGUAUUUGACGACAUAUUUAAUAGAUUUGUAAAAGCAAAUGCGUGA